UCGAUAAUCGUAGACCUAUUUUUUUACGCGAAGAUAAUCUGGGCUGCAACAUUAAAGCCAGGAAAAUGCACCACGCAUAAGUCUGCAGAUGGACUAUUCGUAGCUAACUGUUCUAAUAAUCCUUACGUGUCGGAUAUUUCAUGGGAAAUCCCCACAGAUAUACCGACAAACGUACAGGUUCGUGUACCUAUUCAUUUAAUAUAUGUACUUACCAGCAGCUGGGAAUUCGAAUAAAUACCGAAGCACAGCUACCAAUUGAGUUCAAGUACCCAUCAAAUUUUUUUCAGGUUAUGGAUUUAUCAGAAGCGAACGGCCGACCUAGUGGAAUUUUCAUAUACAACGUAAAUACAUUCAAACCAUUCGCCGAUUUACGUCGUAUUAUAAUUAAACAUAAUAUGCAGAUGAGAAACACAAAUCCAGCUUUGGAAACGAUAAACUAUAACAUGCUAGAACAAGCAUUCCAGUACAUCGAAACGUUGGAAUACCUGGAAUUCAGCGAUUCUUCCUUGAAAGACGACUACACCAUUCAUUUACCAAAAAAGCUGAAAAUUCUCAACGUCGAUCGUAAUGACUUCAAAAUCCUCGAUGCACACUGGUGCGAAGAAUUGGAAGAGAUAAGCGCCAAUAAUAAUCGUCUGAAAAAUAUACCAAAACUUCAUUUCGAAGGACCACCGCUGAAAAAAUUACUUUUGAAAGGAAAUCCUAUGGAUGAUAUGACAGUUCUGAAUAUAGCUCCGCUUUGCGAACUUACUGUGUUGGAGUUGGAAUUCUCUGGGGUGAAAUCGUAUUAUAAUACCCAGGCUUCGUACUGCAACUGUAUGAUGAUAAAACAAUGGGCAAAGGAUGCGAAGAUUUCUGGACCGGAAAAUCUUAAAUGUGUUGAACUCAGAGGGAGUAAACCUACAUGUUCCGAAGAAAUAUUAGAGAAAGGUAGAAGCUUGCGAAAGAAAUGCCCUUUGCUUAAACACAAAGAUGCCGUUUCCAACAAAUUAUUCAAUGUUAUGAAGUAUAUAUUCUUUUCAAUCUUAUUCUUGGUUUUACUAGCCAUCGCAAUUUUGUACAUAAUACGACAUUUUCAUUUGAGAGAAUUUUGGGCUGCACACCAUAUGUCGCCUGCUGCGCCACGAGUCAAGAUGGAAGAAGAGGAAGAAGAAUCUUUCAAAAACUCAGACUCAUUAUCUAACGACAGCGAUUCAAAUACUGAGGGAUGAGAUAUCGUACAAACUCCAUUGAAUAUCAAUUUUGAAGGAAACAUUUUACUUUUGUCGAAUUUGCGACACUUUUAGCCGAAUUGAAUCUAAACCAGUGAAAAGAUCAAUGAUGGAAAAGCCCAAUUUCUUGAUUUAAGAACAUCGGAGGGACGACUCUACACUGGAAAAUCCGAUAUUGUUGAAAUUGAAACACGAUUCCAUUUCUUGAGGACUGAAUGUUUCAUUGUUGACUCUUCUAUUAGCAAUAUUUGACCUUUGGUCAUUUUAUUUUUGUUAUCUGAAGUACCUAUACCA